AUACUCCACGAUGGGGCUGCCCGAUCUUCACGGCUGAGCCACGUCAAAUCUGGACCCUGCGCAUCUGCAUGUACCCGCUUAGCGGCUCCGAGCUUCAUCUUAAUGUGUGCUGUCGCUCGACAACAACACAACACAGCAUCACCGACCCUUCUCACGCGAUUUUUAUUGUUACAAUUGGUGUCGCGACAAGAUGGCCGCUAUGGAAAUGCACUCAUUGGGUGCGCGCUCAUUAAACCACGCCUCCGCCGAUACCGAAGCCGAGUACGACCGUCUCCGAGAUCUUGCGCGCCAAGAAGCCGGAAAGCGAUCCUCCUGUUUCGACAAAGCCCACCAAGCCUACGAGUCCGGCGAUGGAGCGCGAGCCCACGAGCUGUCCGAAGAAGGCAAAGCCCACGCCGCGAAGAUGGACCAAUACAACCGUCAAGCGCGCGACUACAUCUUCCGGGAAAACAACGCCGAGGGCAGAGUCGCGGGCGACACCAUUGACCUCCACGGCUUGUUCGUAGAAGAAGCCGAGGAUGUUCUGGAAGAGAGGAUCAGGGUUGCGAGACAGAGGGGAGAAGGCCAUCUGCACGUCAUUGUGGGCAAAGGUAACCACAGCAGGAAUCACGUCCAGAAGAUCAAGCCGAGAGUCGAGCAGGUGUGCCGCGAAUUGGGAUUGCAGUACCGCACGGAGGAGAACGAGGGCAGAAUCUUUGUGAACCUGCAGGGUGGUGAUGUUCAUGAGAUGCCGCCGCCGCCUCAGGCUCCAAGCUAUGGUGGUUAUCCUGGACAACAUGGUGGGCAGCAUGGUGGGCAGCAUGGUGGACAGCAUGGGGGACAGCAACAUGGAGGUCAUCAGCAGCACGGUGGUCAACAACACGGUGGCCAACAGCAUCAUGGACAACAGCAGGGCCAGAACGAUGAGAUUGAGCAGAUGGCCAAGAAGGGCUUGUCCAGGUUGCUCAAGAAGUUUGGGUGCUGUACGGUCAUGUAAGGGCUCAGUUGGCCUGCUCUUGUGUAAAUCGCAGAGGGUGACAUGGAGGGCUGUGGAGGCCUGCAGGACACAUUUGAUACCCGCGGAUUGGAUGAAGGGAUGAGUUUGGAUAGGGACGACUUCGAUGUAUAUAGAAGGUAUAUAUUUGGAUAUUGCAAACAUGCUAAGAGUACAGCCCAUUCUGCUUCAAUGCCGCGUUUCCUUGUGCAUUGCCUCUCAUUUUUGAGUCUGAUCAGUUAAACCUCCUUCGUAUAGGAAAGAGAUCCACCAUGUAGACACAAAAGUUGUGCGGACUUCUCGACGACACAGAAAGACAGCAGAGCAGCAUCAUCAAGAACGGAUGAUGAUAUCAGACAAAUGGCAUGAAGUGAAAAC